ACGCGCAUCUUACAGAAAUCUCAGGCAAGCAAAUUGCUCUGGCAUGAACAAUGUCAAGAUGUGAGGAGUGGACCAUUGAUUCCUUGCCUCAACCACGUUGUUGUCGCGCGUUGUUCCGCCAGCACGAUGAGCCCUUGUGGUGAGCACAGACGAUGCGUACGUAAUAAUCCAUUUCGGUUGCGGGCCGUUUAAUCGUGGUUUAAUCGAUCUUGAGCGGACCCACAAUGGAUUGGUUUCUGAUACGUGUCUACGUGCGCGCUGACCGGCCCCCCAAAACACUUUCCCACAAAUGCGAAUGCAACUUAUACACCUUUUCGGCCGCGGGCUAUGCCUUUGUUGUAUCUCCCGCGAAUAUUGAUCUCCAGUGUGCAUCCAGUUUGCCCACAGCUGGAAGAAGCCCUGGCAAGAUCUCCGACCAGAAUGGGGAGUCGAUACUGGGAAAAAUUAGUUCUUGAUCUCGUAGCCUUUUUCUAUGAGCACAACUUCCUCAGCCGGAGUGGACAGAUCGCCUUUCCAUUCAAUCCUCAAGAAAUAAUGUCGCUGCUCUCGUCUGCAUCUAACGCUCAGCAGUCCUUUGACAAAGCCAAGAAACAUUUAUGGCAAGUGGCUCAUUUGACAUCUCCCACUCUAUGUUGGCAUUGCAUUCUCUUGGCCCCAGUGGGUCAUCGCUGGAGCCCCAUGUUUCGGCGAUGCCCAAAGUGCUUUAAUCUAUUACAUUUUGCCGGCUUUGCUUUGUUCACUUCGCUUACAAUUUUCCUACGUAUAAUUACUGACGCCACAUUCUUCACCACAUCUUCAUUUCACCCUUCAGGGCUUCCGACUCACCGAAACAAGAAAUGAGCGGUCUUAAUAGACACUCCGAGCAGCCACGCUACUCACUUCCUGAGGUAGAACGUGAUUCCAGCGACCAUGACGAGCGCCAACUAAACUCGCAUGGCGAUCCGUCAACUUCUCAGCGACAAUCGGAGC